GUUGGGAACUCCGAAAAAUAUAUCGAGUUUUCUAAGAGGCUGUCUGCACUGCACAGGCUCCUGACCUCUAGGGAUUAUGCAACCACCCUUUCAGUUUGUGGCCCACAGCACCUCGCCUUGGCAGUAUUUGCACGGAUAUCGAAAUGGAACUCAUCCGACGCCGCAACAUAAUCCAAGCACUCAAGUCUCAAACCGAAGCCAUCCCUUCCAGUUUCUACACUUUCCAUCCCAUCACAGAUACGGUGCUGCCUGCCCAAGUUCACGAAGAUGGCGCUUCUUGUUUUACCCUCGGAAUUUGUGGCCGCCAUCAUGAAAGAUGUACUGGACACGAUUGGGCUGCGUGAAGGCACCAAACUCCGAGUGGUCUGUAGACAAUUCAAUGUAUUCAUGUUGAAUGCUAUUUAUGCCCUGCCAGCGUUCGAGGGUGAGCAUGAACCGGGUCUCAAGUUUUUCAGGCGAGACUGCACAAUGAGCGUCCGGAUGACCGCCGGAUUGAUCCUUACGAGGAUGAGAACCGGAAAUUCCAUGAACCGCCCUCUUUGCUUUGCAAUCAAACAAGCCGUAGCAAUCCUUACCGAUGUGCCGCACCAAACAGCGGGGACUCCUCAUACCACUUACUUCGAAGCCUUGGCUACGGCGGCUGCAAGAGCGAUUCCUCUUCCACGGAUUGUGCGCUUGCUAUCGCCGGAUUGCGGUAUCAAAAUUGAGCCAGAGGGGAGUAUCAAUGAUGCAAUCAUUGCUGCAAUAUAUGCCGGCAAUAGCGGCCUUGUAGAGUGCCUUCUAGGGAGAUGUCGUACUCUCUCAGCAAAGACUCAAUUCUUCGGAGAAUUCCUAUCAGCAGCUGCCAGUAUAGGUUCCUAAACCCCAGUGCAAUCUCUCCUCAAACGACUGAACUCUAGAGAUAUCCCAGCACUCUUACUCGAGCUCCAUCGGAUGAAAUCUUUGGAAGCGGCCGCUGGAAAUGGACACGAUGAUCUUGUAUCGGU